AGACGCUCCCAGCCAAGCCAGCAGCCAGGCGAGGCGAGGGCGAGGGUGGGGCGCGGCGCGGCGCGGCGCCGCUCCAUCCAUAUCAUCAGAAAGAAAAAGGUCAGGUGAGGCGCUCACCGCCGCACCGGAGUACCGGACCAUCCCCGGCCAACCUCUCCGUUCAUCUCCAUGCCGAACUGACUCAUCAGAUUCUUGAUUUGCUCCUCGGGGGUUGGGGCCAUGGCGACUGCUGCGCUGGCAAUGGCAGAGCAGGUGGUGGCCGACCUCCGAGCGAAGUGUGAGGCGCCGCCGCCGAUGCUGCGCGAGGUGGCGGCGGAGAUGGCCCGCGAGAUGGGCGCGGGACUGGAGAAGGAAGGCGGGAGCAGGGUCAAGAUGCUCCUCUCCUACGUUGAUAAGCUCCCCACAGGGGGAGAAGAGGGAUUAUUCUAUGGAUUGGACCUAGGAGGGACGAACUUCCGCGUCUUGAAAGUGGAACUGGGUGGGAAUGAGAAGCACGUCGUGGACCGUGACUCCAGAGAAGUCAUUAUUCCUCCACAUUUGAUGUCAGGGAGCUCCUCGGAGCUUUUUGGUUUCAUUGCUUCUGAAUUGGCCAAGUUUGUUGUUGAUGAUGAGAAGUUCAUCAAUGUUUUGAAUGGAAAGAAGCGAGAACUAGGGUUCACAUUUUCAUUCCCAGUGAAGCAGCGUUCUGUUGCUUCCGGUACGCUUGUCAAGUGGACAAAGGCAUUUUCCAUUAAUGAUGCUGUUGGUGAAGAUGUGGUGGCUAAACUGCAAACAGCUAUGGAGAAGCAAGGUCUGGACAUGCAUGUAGCUGCAUUGAUUAAUGAUGCUGUUGGGACUCUGGCUGGAGCAAGGUACUACGACAAAGAUGUUGUCGCUGGUGUAAUAUUUGGCACUGGCACAAAUGCAGCAUAUGUUGAGAAGGCAAAUGCUAUUCCAAAAUGGGAGGGUGAGCUGCCCAAUUCAGGAGAUAUGGUCAUCAACAUGGAAUGGGGUAACUUCUGCUCAGCCUAUCUCCCAAUCACUGAAUAUGACCAAGAAUUAGAUAAGGAGAGCUUAAAUCCAGGAGAACAGAUUUAUGAGAAGUUAACAUCAGGGAUGUAUUUGGGCGAAAUUGUAAGGAGGGUGCUCCUUAAAAUAUCAUUGCAGUCUGCGAUUUUUGGCAAUAUUGACCACACUAAGCUCGAAACCCCGUUCCUUCUGCGGACUCCACAUAUUUCUGCAAUGCACCAUGAUGAAACACCUGAUCUGAAGAUUGUGGCAAAAAAACUGGAAGAAAACCUAGAGAUUACAGGCGCAUCCUUAGAGGCUCGAAAAUUGGUGGUUGAAAUUUGUGACAUUGUGGCAACAAGAGCUGCCCGGCUGGCCGCUGCAGGGCUUGCAGGGAUCCUCAUGAAGCUCGGGAGAGAUUGCAGUGUCGAGGAUCAACGAUCAGUCAUCGCCAUCGAUGGAGGAUUGUUCGAGCACUACACCAAAUUCCGCCAAUGCUUGGAGACCACACUGGGCGAGCUGCUAGGAGAUGAGGCGUCUAAGGCGGUGGCCGUCAAGCAUGCAGAUGAUGGUUCAGGAAUAGGUGCUGCCCUGAUUGCAGCUUCACAAUCUCUGUACAAAAAUGACUUAGUGGCCGUCAAGCAUGCAGAUGACAAGCAUGCAGAUGACAAGCAUGAAGAUGCAGAUGACAAGCAUGAAGAUGACGGUAAAGGAGUCAAGCAUGCAGAUGACGGUUCAGAAAUAGGUGCUGCCCUGAUUGCAGCCUCGCAAUCUCAGUAGAGAAAUGUCCUCGAAAUCUCAGUAGAGAAAUUUCGAGUGAUAUAGUAGUAUCAGCCAUGGGUGCUUACCAUAGAUGUAGGAAAGACUAGCUAGCAAGUAGCUAUAAUGUCUUUCCAACAUCUUAACAGUCCGGCAUCUGCAGUUAGCAUGCUGGACCUGGAUGUAAUCUAUAACCAAAACGAGGCUUGGCAGCUGGAUGCAAUCUGUAACCAAAACGAGGCUUGGGAAGUGCUGUUCAUAGUUCCAAACUUCCAAUAAAAGCGGAGUUGCAGAUGUCUCCUAAUUCGACAA